CGGAAGUGGACGUGGCAUACCGCUGCAGCAGUUCCGCUGAAUGUCCGCUUCUCGUUCCAAGGGAUUAGGGAGAGACACCCGGGGACGACAUCCAUUUUUCCUUUAGCUCCAGUUGCUAAGCCGAGUCAACGGUUCACGACGAGCAACGUGACGCCUUACUAUUCACACAUUGGAGAUUUAGGGAUGAAGGAGAAUGUAAACCAGCACACUCCCAUGGCCUCUCCUUACGUCCAGCCUCAGCCUGGUUAUGGGCAGCAGCCCGCCUUUGCACCCUUGGACGGCGGGUGCCCGCCGCCCUACGCACCUUACAAUGGCCCUAUGUCAGCCUACCAGCCUGGAGUGCCACCGCAAGGUUAUUCAUCUUUCACCACCUUCCCUUCUAAGGCUGUACCAGCCAACCCCGUCUCAGAGCUGUCCUCUCCUCUUGACCUAGGUCACGGCAGGGCUCCUCCCACUUCCGGGCCAGCGCCUGUAUCUGCUCCUCAAGUGUACAAUCAGUAUGGCGGUCAUCAUCAGGGUGACAUGCAGAACGGACCCCCGCCCUUGACACAGGCACCCCCAAGGCCAGUUGCAUCCCAGUCUUUCAACCAAGGAGCAGCCAAUCUGUCAGGGCCGCCCACUUCUUACCCCCAAAACUACGGACCCCCACCCACAAUGCAACACUUCUCGAGUCAGAUGAGCGGCUUGCAAAUUAACUCUGGGCCGCCCAACGCCGCCGGGCCUGGAUACGCGUCACCUCACAGCUCCCAGCCUCCCGUCAGUCGGUCCUUCUCAGCCGCGCCUCCGCCCACCUACACGCAAGCUCCGCCCCCUGCGUCAUCCGCUCCCACCCAGGGGCCACCUGCCGUGUCUCAGCAGUACUACGGAGGCCCCCCUCCGCCUUCCCAUUCAUUUUUGCAUCCUACUUCUCAACAGCAAUUCACCUCCCCUGCUCCUCCUCCGCCUAGCAAUCAGCCAUCCUUUGCUCCUCCUCCCGCGUACUCGGCUCCCCCACCGGGUCAGGCUCCCUCGCCGUCCGUGUCGCAGCCUCAGCAGUCCUUCGCCCCCACCCAGCCACCCACCUCCAUUCAGUAUCCUCCGACGUCAGCCCCCUCCGGCCAGUACCCAGGCCCCUUGCCGCCUCAGCAGCAACCCUCGUUCCCCUCAGGUCCCCUUCCCCCCAGACCUCAGAUGCCCCCCUCGUCCAUGUCUCAGAGCAACCACUUACCUCCAGGACCACAGGGCCCGCUCGGUCCUCCUGGACCGCCGCAGCAGAUGCCCCCACCCCAACCUGGCAUGCCAGGAGGGUACCCUCCCCAUCAGAAUGGUGCGUUUGGUCCGGCAAGAGGGCCUCAGCCCGGUUUAAUGGGACCUUAUCCUGGCCAACCCAAUUACGGCGCUCCGGGACCGGCGCCUGGCUCUGCCCCUGGCUCUGCCCCACCUGCACAGAAAAGACUGGACCCGGAUGCCAUUCCUAGCCCAAUCCAAGUAAUCGAGGAUGACAAAGCCAAGAGCGCAGAGCCAUUCAGCACAGGCGUCAGGGGUCAAGCGCCGCCACUGGUCACCACCGACUUCCACGUCCAAGACCAAGGGAACGCCAGCCCCAGGUUUAUCCGCUGCACCGCAUACAACAUGCCCUGCACGGCAGACAUGGCCAAGCAGUCUCAGGUGCCGCUGGCCGCAGUCAUCAAGCCCCUCGCCACUCUGCCGCCGGACGAGGUGCCUCCAUACCUGGUGGACCAUGGUGAAGGAGGUCCCAUCCGCUGCAACCGCUGCAAGGCCUACAUGUGCCCGUACAUGCAAUUCAUCGAGGGAGGCCGUCGCUUCCAGUGCGGCUUUUGCACUUGUGUCACAGAAGUCCCUCCUCAUUACUUCCAGCAUCUGGACCACACUGGCAAGAGAGUGGACUUCUACGACAGACCGGAGCUUUCGCUGGGCAGCUACGAGUUCCUGGCCACCGUUGACUACUGUAAAAACAACAAAGUUCCUCAGCCCCCGGCCUUCAUCUUCUUCAUUGAUGUGUCCUACAACGCCGUCAAGAGCGGCAUGGUCAAGAUUGUCUGCCAAGAACUCAAGACGCUUCUGGACCAGCUGCCCAGAGAGAACCCAGACUUGGACUCGGCAGUGCGAGUCGGUUUUGUGACCUACAACAAGGUGUUGCACUUCUACAAUGUCAAGUCCAGCCUGGCCCAGCCUCAGAUGCUGGUGGUGUCGGAUGUGUCAGAAAUGUUCGUGCCACUGCUGGACGGCUUCCUCGUUAACGUUGGGGAGAGCCGGCAGGUCAUUGAGAGUUUGCUGGAUCACAUCCCGGAAAUGUUUGCAGACACUCGAGAGACUGAGACCGUCUUUGGACCUGUUAUACAGGCCGGACUGGAGGCGCUCAAGGCGGCAGACUGCUCUGGGAAGCUGUUUGUGUUCCACACCUCGUUGCCCAUUGCCGAGGCCCCCGGCAAACUCAAGAACAGAGAAGACAAGAAGCUGAUUGGCAGUGAUAAGGAAAAGUCUUUGUUUCAGCCUCAGGUGGGCUUCUACAACACACUGGCAAAAGAGUGCGUGGCACAGGGCUGCUGCGUGGACCUCUUCCUCUUCCCCAACCAGUACGUGGACGUGGCGACACUCGCCGUGGUUCCCGUCUCCACCGGAGGCUCAGUCUACAAGUACACCUACUUCCAGGCUCAGUCGGACCAGGAGAGAUUCCUAAACGACCUUCGACGAGACGUUCAGAAGCCGAUGGGCUUUGAUGCUGUCAUGAGGGUUCGAACCAGCACAGGAAUUCGAGCAACUGACUUCUUUGGCUCGUUCUACAUGAGCAACACCACCGACGUCGAGCUCGCCGGGCUCGACUGCGACAAGGCAGUCACGGUGGAGUUCAAGCACGACGAUAAGCUCAGUGAGGAGACCGGGGCGCUCAUGCAGUGCGCCGUGUUGUACACCAACUGCAGCGGCCAAAGGCGCCUCCGUGUCCACAACAUGGCUGUCAACUGCUGCUCCCAACUGUCCGACCUUUACCGCAAUUGUGAGACGGACACCAUCAUCAACUUUCUCUCUAAAUAUGCUUUCCGCGGCAUCCUUAACAAUCCCACGAAGGCGGUGAGGGACACUCUGGUCAACCAGUGUGCCCAGAUCCUGGCCUGCUAUCGCAAGAACUGUGCCAGUCCCUCGUCGGCUGGUCAGUUGAUCCUCCCCGAGUGCAUGAAACUGCUGCCCGUCUACCUUAACUGCGUGCUGAAGAGCGACCUGCUGCUGCCGGCCGCCGACGUGUCGCUGGAUGACCGGGCCUACUUACGACAGCUCAUCAGCUGCAUGGACGUGUCCGAGACGCACGUGUUUUUCUACCCACGGCUGCUGCCGCUGAUGAAGCUGGAGAGCGGCUCGUUGCCAGUGGCGGUGCGGGCGUCGGAGGAGAGGCUGUCCAAAGGGGGCGUAUACCUGUUGGAGACGGGCCUGCACCUCUUCCUGUGGGUGGGGGCCAACGCGCAGCAAGAGCUGCUGCUCAACAUCUUUGGAACAUCUAAUUUUGGCCAGAUCGACGCGUCAAUGACGUGUCUACCUGUCUUGGAUAAUCCUUUCUCGCUAAGACUCAGAGAGAUGAUUGACUCCUUCAGAGCACAGCGGUCACGAUACAUGAAGCUGGUGGUAGUGAAGCAGGAGGACCGCUCUGAGCUCAUCUUCCGACACUUCCUGAUGGAGGACAAAAGCGCCAGUGGCGGCGCUUCCUACGUGGACUUCCUGUGUCACAUGCACAAGGAAAUUCGCCAGCUCCUCAGCUAGAUUGGUCUACGCCGCCAUCUUCUCCUUUCCUUCUAUUCUGCCCCUUCUUCCCAUGUUUUUUUUUUUGUUUUUGUUUUUUAAACCUAAUGAUCUCUUCAUCGUCAGCGGAGCGCCACAGCUGGCACAUUACAUUGUGUGAGCGUAUGAGGAAAUUUGUGUGGGUGUGAGAUAAUCUGGUGUUAAUAGAGCUUCACUCUGCCUCAAAUCAACUGCGAGGGAGGACGAAGAAGAGGGGGAGGAGGGAGGGUGAUGUAUGUAUAUACACACACACACACACACACACACACACACACACACACACACACACACACAAUGAAGAAUAAUGUAUGCAACAGGACUGUAUGUAUUGACUAGCACUGACUAAAGGCUGUUUAAAGCACCCUCUCUCAUAUAUGGCUUUUUAUAUAGAGUCCAAUCCCGUUCUAUAGGAGGUCUCCGUGCUAGCAAGACACCAAUGAAAUCAAAUAAAUACUGUAACCUGAUCUCCGCCACUCCCCUUAAUCAUUUAUCGCCUUAGAGCAAUCCGCUUCCUCUGUAUGUAUGUGUGCGCCUGUUGCUGUAUUUAUUUUAAAAAAAAGGUUCAGAUAAAUGCCACACUAAUUAACAUUUGCUCUCUUAAAUGUCACCAAAAUUGAGCUUUAUCUUUCAUAAUGGCCGUUGUGUUUCUGAUUGAUACAAAGUUGUUCAUUGACAACACUAUUAUUAGUUGUACUAGGUUCAUCUUGUUUUUUCUUUUUCAAUUACUUCUCUGGUUCUUCUAUAUCAAACAAAUUUGUUUUAGGUUCAUUUACCUGACAUGUUUCGGCGGAAUCUUCCGCCGAAACAUGUCAGGUAAAUGAACCUAAAACAAAUUUGUUUGAUAUAGAAGAACCAGAGAAGUAACACUAUUAUUAGCAUUCAUUAAGUGUACCUAAUGAAGUGUCCCCACUUUCUGUAGCUAGAGCUGGUUUAUUAAUGCGACGGGAAGCAUCGGCUAAUGGAAACACCUUUGCUCGUACGUAAUUGUCCUCCGUUCUCACGCAUUGGCCAACCGUGAUCAAUUAGUCACGCCACAACCACAUUUUGUGUGUGUGACGCCCCCUUGUGUCUGAUUCUUCUGACUGAGGUGUCCCACUUGACACAUGGAGGAAACUGCAAUAAUUAACAAAAAAUAAACAAACUAAGCGUUUUAUUUUUUGCAAAGCUCCAGGUUGGUAGGUCCGAUUGGUGGUGUCCCUAAUAGUUCUCACUUCCUGUGGGGAAGCUGCAGGCCUUCUCGCCCCAUAAUUUCUAUGUGGCGCGAGUAGAGCGGACGAAUGGGCCUGCACUGAGUAGUCUGUGUGUUUAUAUAUAUAUAUAUACAUAAAUUUAUAUCAAAUAUAUAAUUUGUACAGAAUUCAUAGAGAAGAAGCCUUCUGAUGGAUUGUUUUGCCAUCAUAAACAGAAAAUGGCUUUUACUAAUGAAAGGGGUUUAAUGUCACGACUGAUUUAUUUUAGUGAGUGCAUGCAUGCGUGUGUCGGUCCUGGUGAAAUUUCGCCUGAGGAACAGAGGGACCCUCUAACGAACCUACCAAAAUCCAAGUCAAAAUCACCUUAUGUUCCUUUGCAAACAAAAAGAUGUACAAAUGUGUUUGAAAUCUUUUGUUCUGUUAUUUUGAUUGAUCUUCACUGUAUAAUCUUGCUUGUUUUGUUCCCUUUUUUUUUUUUGUAGCCCCCGCCACCCCCGUUUCUCAUUGCCUCUCGGGACUGCUAAUAAAAAUGAUUGUUUCAAAAGUGAAAUUCAA